AUUCUACCCAAAGCCUUAAAACAAAUAAAAAAUAUUCACUUCAUUUCAAUUUCUUAUUUUUUAGUGUAGUGAUUUGUUAGUUCUUCAUAUUUUAGCGAUUCACAUAUCUUUAAUUCAACAUACUUAUUAAUAAUGUCUGUUUUUGUGAAACACCUAGUGCGCAAAGUACUGUCGCCUGCGCUUUCAACUGCAUCGAAGACAAAUUUUUCUACAACCAGUGCUGCCUUUGUACCAAGGGUACAAAAACCUGCACCAGACUUUGCUGCAACUGCUGUAGUAAAUGGAGAAUUUAAUCAGCUUAAAUUGUCUGAUUUUUCUGGAAAAUAUGUUGUACUAUUCUUCUACCCAUUAGAUUUUACAUUUGUUUGCCCAACAGAGCUGAUAGCAUUCAGUGAUAGGGCCAAAGACUUUGCCAAUAUUGAUUGUCAGGUCAUUGGUGUCUCUACGGACUCAGAGUUCAGUCAUUUAGCCUGGAUUAAUACACCACGAAAAGAUGGUGGUUUAGGUAAACUAGACUUUCCAUUACUGGCUGAUUAUAAUAAGACAAUAUCCCAGGAUUAUGAUGUCCUACUUGAUGGUGGUUUUGCACUCCGUGGUCUAUUCAUCAUAGACAGAAAUGGUAUACUGAGACACUUAUCGAUUAAUGAUUUGCCUGUAGGCAGAUCAGUAGAUGAAACUCUCAGGCUAGUAAAAGCCUUCCAGUUUGCUGAUAAACAUGGUGAAGUUUGUCCUGCCAACUGGAAUCCAGACACAAAUGCUGACACCAUAAAACCAAGUCCAAAGGAAAGCAAGGAAUAUUUCAAAAAAGCUAAUUGAAUAUUAGAAUGCAAUAAUAAGUGGCUACUUUAAAUUACUCUGGUAAGUAAUAAUGAAUAUGUACAUCAGUUUAUUUGAUAUUGUUAUUGAAUUAAAUAAUGGUAAUUCAAUAUAAUAUUAUGUUGUGUAACCAGUAACACUUAAUGUAGAAACGGAGGUCAUAUGAUAGUUAAAAAUCUGAUAUUAGUUUUAUAAUAUAUAGAAUCUAUUAUUUUAUUUUAAUGUAGAUAUCACAAAAAUCAGUCAUUUUGUAGUUGGGACUCCAUUAUUAGUAUUUUUGUGAUAGCUAAAUUCAGUUGCUGAAUUGUUUGAAGGUUCCAGGUUUAUGUUGUUGAUAUAUAUGGAUUACAAUUAGUACUAUUUAUUGCUACUUAAUCACUAUAUUUUAUCAACAAAGUAUAAUCUCUAUUGAUAUGUAUCAAGCAGUUACUCUAUGAAAUCACAUAUUUUUUACAAAUAUUCACAAAACAAUUGUUAAUAAUAAUAAAUAAAUAG